AUGGGUAAGUAUAAUACCUCGAGAAGAACAGAGGAAGGGUUAGAUAAAUAUCAUUAUAGAGAAGAAAGGUACGAAAAGCAAGAUAAUAACAGUUUCACAAACAAGUCGGAUAUGCAUAUGAAAGAAAAGGAGUCGUAUUAUACGUUGGAGAACAGAAGAUAUGGAUCAAGAAGUCGAGAAAAAGGGACUGGAGGUGGUAGAGAGAAUUAUAAAAAUGAAAACAAUUAUAAUAAUAGUAGUUAUAAGAAGUCAUCUGUAGAAAAUUAUCAUGGGAAACGAAAUGAAAUGUCAAAUGGGGACAGAACUAGAAAUUAUUCAAAGAGUAGAAAAGAUUAUUAUCAUCAUCAUCAUCAGAAUUUUUCGCGUGAUAGAUAUUAUAAUAAUAGAUCUCCUGCAAGAAGAAAUUUUUCAAAAGAUAGGAAUAAGAAUAUAAUGAUGUAUGACAGAAAUAAUGAUAGAAAAUACAGUGAUAAGUACAGAUAUGAAAGGGAAAAUAAUAACAAUAAUAGUAAUCAUAAUAAUAAUCAUAGUAAUCAUAAUAAUAGUAAUAACAAUAAUCAUAACAGUAACAGGUUAUGGGGAAAUAGUGGACAUAAUAACGUUUCUGGACCGUAUGAGAAUAAUUAUAAUAAUAGAGGAAGAAAUGAAAGAAUGAAUAUAAGAAGGUAUUCCCCAGGAGCUGAUAGACAAAGAUCUCCUUAUGAUAAUAAUUCAUAUAGAAUGAAUAUCGGUAUGAUUAGAAGAGAAAGACAAAAAGAUAUGAGAAAUAAGUAUGGAUAUAAGAAAGCUGAUCCAUGUAAAAUUUUUGUGGGCAAUAUUUCACCAGAUGCAAGAGAAGAAGAUGUAAGAAGAAAGUUUUUACAUUAUGGAGAUAUUAUGAACAUGCAGUGGAAAAGAAGAUUUGCAUUUAUAGAAUAUUUUAGGUCAUCACAUGCACAAAAUGCUAUUCAAGAAGAAAAUGGGAAAUUUUUUUUUGGAGAAGAAUUAAGUGUACAACCACAUCAUCCAGGAUCUUUUUUUUUUCAUAACAGAAAUGAUAAUCGAAAUUUUUCUUCAAAAUAUCAACGCAAUUAUUCUCCCCAUAAUAGAAAUGAGUCAAGAGAAAGAAAAAAUUCUUUAAGAAUUGUUGUUAAAAAUGUUGAUGAAAAAGCUAGCUGGCAAGAUCUAAAAGAUUUUGGGAGAGAAGUUGGGUCAGUAAAUUAUGCUAAUAUUAUUCAAGAUAGUAAUAAUAAUAAAGAGAGGUAUGGAAUAAUAGAAUAUUAUAAUUAUGAAACGAUUAAAAAAGCUGUAGAAGUUUUAAAUGGAAAAAAGUUUAACGGAAAUGUAGUCGAAGUUGUGAAAUAUAAUGACUCGUCAUUAGACAGUAUACUUUAUAGAAAUAAAGAUAGAGAAUUUAAUUAUUAUAAUAAAGAAAAUAAUAUGGGAGAUCAUAAAAAGUAUUAUGUUAAUGAUAAAUUUUAUGGAGAUUCUUAUAAUCGUGAUAAGGAUAAAUAUAGAAAGGACAAAUUUUAUGACAGGUAUAGAAAUUAUGAUCGAAAUAAACUUAGUAGAGAUGAAAAGGAAAACACAACAUAUCACGACAGACGAGAUGCCAGCUAUAGAAGAGGAGGUGGUGGCGGUAGUGGCAGUGGAAUGCAUGAAAAGAGAAGGAGCAUACAGGAUAACGAAAGGAAUAGUGAUAUAAAAAAAGAAAGGGAUGAUGAUAACAGAAACAUUGGUAAGGACGCAGAAGGCGUUGACGGAAGAAGUCAGUUGAGUGAUGGCAAGGCGAAUGAAAAGGAUGAAGGUGAGGAUAGAGCAAUGGAGAGGAGCGAAAGGAGGGUAGGUAAUGAAAGAUGGGAAAGAAGGAAGAAAAGUGAAAGAAGGGAAAUAAGCGAAAGAAGGGAAAGAAGCGAAAGAAGGGAAAGAAGCGAAAGAAGGGAAAGAAGCGAGAGAAGGGAAAGAAGCGAGAGAAGGGAAAGAAGCGAAAGAAGGGAAAGAGGUGAAAGAAGCGAAAGAAGGGAAAGAAGCGAAAGAAGGGAAAGAAGCGAAAAAAGCGAAAGAAGGGAAAGAAGCGAAAGAAGGGAAAGAAGGGAAAGAAGCGAAAGAAGGGAAAGAGGUGAAAGAAGAGAAAGAAGUGAGGAAAGGGAGCAGAUAGAAAAAGAACAACUUUACGAGAAGCAAGGGACUAUGGAAAGUAUUGAAAAUGGGAAAAAAAGAGAUAAAUAUAAAAGGGGUGGAGCAGGAGGAAGGUAUGGAAGAAACUACAAAAGUGAAAGAAGCGAAAGUGUUAUUAGGAAUGGAAGAGAAGAAAGAGGAGAAGAACAACACAUUUUGAAAAAAGAUAAGGAUGAUUAUACUAACGAAAAAGAAGGAAAAAUAAAUAUAGAUAAAAAUGAUAGAGAAUUAAGUACAAGAGGUGAUGAUGAGGAUGGACAGUUAUAUAAAAGUGACAAGGAAAGAAGUACAGAUUCAACAAAUAUUAAAGAUAAAAGUGAUAAAAAUUCAAAUACAAUGAAUAAGAAUGAUGAACAUUAUAGAAGCAGAAGUUCAAGUGUAAAACCAAAAUCUUAUAAAAGAAAUAUGAACAGAAGAAGGGUUAGCAAAGUAUCAGAAGGAUCAUCAGUCAGACGUGACUUAAGAGACAGUUAUUGUGAUGAUAACAUUAAUAAUGAUAAAUGGUCCAUCUCAAAAAAGGCUUGUAUAAAUAAAUGCAAUUCUACCGAAAGCGGUGCAUAG